GUGCUACAUUCCGGCGCUCGAUGCAAACGGCACAGGCGAUGCGCUGACCAUAGCUGCCUUCAUCCCGUGGGAUGCUGAUGAACAAGGCUUCAGCAGCUGUCUGUGGUACGGCGAGGAAGGCCUGGCAGGCAACGGCUCCCAGGCUGUCGAAUGCGAUCGAUGGACGUUCGACACAUCAGUACGGUCUUCGUCGGUAUCGGAGACGCAACGACUAUUGAAGUCCAGCGAGCUGACCAGCCAGGCGACGCUUAAUAGAUCUGCUAGCGAUCGAGAGUCAUCUUACGAACUUUCACCCUCAACCUGUGCUGCCAGCAUGUUUGCGAACGGAGCCAUCUAUUACGGCAUCGGGCUGAACACGGCGGCGCUGGGCGGCGAUCUCUACAUCAGCUUUCUGAUAUCGGGUAUCGUCGAGAUACCGGGAUACCUGGUGACGAUGUAUCUGAUGCAGACGUUCGGACGUAAACCAGCCAUCAUAGGACUGAUGAUCACCAGCGGAGUCUCCUGUCUCGUGGCAUCGUUUCUCGCCGGUGUCAGUGUUCCGGCUGCGGUCGCGCUAAGCAUGCUGGGUAAGCUGGCCGUAUCCGGAUCGUUCGGGGCCGAGUACGUGUUCGUGUCGGAGUCGUAUCCGAGCGCACUGCGCAACACCGGACUCGGUGUGACGCUGACGAUGGCCAGGACCGGCGCUGUUGUCGCUCCGUUCAUCGUGCUCACAGGUUCAGCACAGCACCACCUUCCCUACAUCAUCUUCUGCGCGCUGGCAGUGGCGUCGGCACUGCUACUGCUGAUAUUGCCCGAGACGAAGGACAGAGACAUGCCCGACACGCUCGAAGACUGCGAUCGAUUUCUCGAAGGGAACAAAAAGAAAGCGAAAAAGCCGAAUAAAAGAAAGAAGAAAGUCAAGACGGAAGUAGAUCCUGUCACAGAUGCGCGAGUGCUGGCAUACUACAGAGUGACACAGAUAUAGUAACCCACGUCGAGUCACAACAGGAAUACAUAACACGCUAGCUUUAGAUAUUUUAGGGCGAGUACAUGUUUUAUUUAAAAUAUCGAGUAUAAUACAGGAUCUAUAAUAAAUUGCACCUAUACGUAUACGCGCGACAUGAAACGGCACCCAUCCUCUAAAAUGCACGUGCACCUAGCGAAUAAAACAUGAUGCGGCGUACUAAUCAAAAUAUACUUACAUAUCUACAUAAGUUCUCCUACUCAGUUCGUUACAAAAAUAAACUUUAUGGAUGCCCCGGCGCGCCAACUGUAAAAUUGAUCACGUAAUGAUUGUUCGAUACAGCUAAAAUAUAAAAAUUAUCUCCCCCCCCAUCCCCCUCGGACUCGAUUGGACAUUAUAAACGUGGAACACAUCGAUUGAUGCAGACUGCCGGUGUAGCGUGGAGCACAUCCCCCUAUGGCAAACGUCUCCCUUAUACAUUGCACACGGGCAAUGAAGGUCAAACCCCCGUACGCAUUCGCAAUACAAAAUGUGACUUGCUAUGCUGCCUAUGCACGAUGCAUGGGGGCGUUUGCCAUGGGGGGAUAAUGUCUCCCAAGCUACACUGGUUCAAUUCAUUGCUACGUUCUACGUUCGUACUCAUUGUAUAUGUACAGUUUACAGUGGCUUUUCCCUCUUAUAUUACACACGUCUCUCGUCGUACUGCGCCGAAACCGGGAAUUGUUGAUUAGCACCUUCGUAGUUUUGGCAUGGCUAGGCAGAUCACGUUAAGCUCCACUAACACUACGAUAACAAAUACCUAUAUUGCACGGACACAUGGCCUAGUCACAUAGGACACCGCCAUCAAUCCUGCUUCCUGUUGUCGCCAAUAAUCUAGCAGGUGACGGUAACGCCAGUCCCAUCCCAACCUACACCCACCCACCUCAUAAACUAUAGCCUAAUAUAGCAACACUCACUGCCCUUAUCGGCUACCAUUGUAUAAAUAUAAUUGUCUAUAAUUGUCCACGAUACAAGGCACUUAACGUAACGAUAUGGAUAUUACUCUGCUGUUAUCAUUGCAUAGAUGCAUUGUGGUUGUUAAGUAGUGAUAUGCCAAAGACCGGUGGCCAACCGAGUCACUGUGGCAUUGUGCAAAACAUGUGACUGAGCAAUUACUUUACAUAAACGUGAAACUUUUGUACAAA